AACUGCACAUGGAAAGAGCACUCGGUGUGCAGUGGUGCGUGGAUUCUGAUGAGUUCCAGUUCAGAGUAAUCGUCAAGGAGAAUCCACUUACUCGAAGAGGAGUCCUGUCCACAGUCGCUUCAGUCUACGACCCUCUUGGAUUUGUGGCACCGUUCAUCUUGUUGGGAAAGCAGAUCCUGCAGCAGAUGUGUCGUGACAAGCUCAGUUGGGAUGACACCUUACCUGAUGACCUACGACCUCUGUGGGAAAGCUGGCUUCAAGACCUGCGAAAUCUAGCCGAGGUGAAGAUUCCAAGAUGCUACGUUCCAUCAAGCUUCAAGGUCCAACACUACGAACUCCACCAUUUCGCCGAUGCCAGUGAGUCAGGCUAUGGAGAGUGCUCGUACCUCAGAGCAGUGAGUACGUCAAGUGAAGUCCACUGUUCCUUUGUAAUGGGAAAGUCGAGAGUCGCUCCUACUAAGGUCACAACCAUACCAAGACUCGAGCUGUCAGCAGCAGUGGUAGCUGUCCGCACCAGUGACAUGCUCAAGAAAGAACUGGAAAUAGAAUGCCUACAAGAAGUCUUCUGGACUGAUUCAAGAGUGGUCCUUGGUUACAUCAAUAAUGAAGCCAGAAGAUUUCACGUGUUUGUGGCAAAUCGUGUGGAACGCAUCAAGCAAAGCACAGAGUCUACACAAUGGAAGUAUGUGGCUUCAGAAGAUAAUCCAGCAGACUACGCCUCAAGAGGUCUCACAGCAGAGCAACUGGUAUCCUCUAACUGGUUCACAGGCCCAGACUUUCUUUGGCAGAAGGAGUUACCAAGUGGAGAUGUCAAGGUGGGAGAGAUCACAUAUGACGAUCCUGAGCUUAAGAAGGUCCAGGUUCUCGACACCCAGGCGAAAGAAGUCAAGUCGCUGCUAGAUCGCCUACACAAGUUUUCAGACUGGUCCAAAAUGGUGAAAGCUAUCGCCAGACUCCAGCGCCAUGUGAAAGAAAUUAAAGGGCUUCAGCCAAAGUCCUGUGAAGCCUGCAGUUUG